GCUAUCUGAGCCUGGAGCCAGGACACGCCAGGAUCCAGCUCUGACAGCAGCAGCGGCACAGAGAUGCUGGCUGGACACGCAGACCCAGGAUCCUGCUGGGUUUGGACGUUAAAGUGGAUUUAAACAUGACCGCGUCUGAGACGAGGAUCCUAAAGGUCUACUGGUAGAUUCUGGAUGAGUGAAAGUCUGAGCUGAGGGAAAACUCUGAUUGGUGGGGAGCAGCGAGCAGACGUGCUGACCUCUGACCUCUGUCCUUGACGAUGGGAACAUCUAUCCUGGGAAAGGCAGCAUCUCUUGAUGCUCUAUUGAGUGAAUGCAUUCAAGCCUUUGAUGACAGUGGGCAGUUACAGGCCAGCCUGCUUCCCCGCAGCCUCCUGAUGAUGCAUCGCUGGUAUGUUACAUCCUCUGAACUGGCGGGAAAGCUCCUGCUCAUGUACCGAGACUGCAAAGAGGACAACUGUCAGAGAACCAGGCAGAAGAUUUGUUAUUUAAUGAGGUACUGGAUAGUCACAUUCCCUGCAGAGUUCAACUUGGACUUGGGUCUGAUCCAGAUUACAGAAGAGUUCAGAGACAUGACUGGUCAGCUGGGUUGUGAAGAGCAUUUCAAGUUCCUGGACAUCUCCACAAUUCCAUCGUACGACUGGAUGCGUAAGCUGACCCAGAGGAAGAAGCAGGCUAAGAAAGGGAAAGCCUCGCUGCUGUUCGACCACCUGGAGCCCAUGGAGCUGGCUGAACAUCUCACCUUCCUGGAGUUCAAGUCCAUCCGGAGGAUCUCGUUCACUGACUACCAGAGCUACGUGAUCCACGGCUGCCUGGUGGACAACCCGACUCUGGAGCGCUCCAUCACUCUGUUCAACGGCGUGUCCCAGUGGGUCCAGCUGAUGGUCCUGAGCAAGCUAACACCUCAGACCCGUGCAGACGUCAUCACCAAGUUCAUCCACGUGGCUCAGAAACUUCUGCAGCUGCAGAACUUCAACACUCUGAUGGCGGUGGUGGGAGGACUGAGCCACAGCUCCAUCUGUCGACUGAAGGAGACGCACUCUUAUUUGGCUCCAGAAGUCGUGAAGACCUGGAGUGAGAUGACAGAGCUGGUCUCUUCCAACAACAACUACUCGUGCUACCGAAAAGCCUUCAGUGAAUGCCAGGGCUUCAAAGUCCCCAUCCUGGGUGUGCACCUCAAAGACCUCAUCGCUGUGCACGUGGUCUUCCCUGACUGGGUGGACGACGGUCACAAGGUGAACCUGGUGAAGAUGCAUCAGCUCUACAUGACCUUCAAUGAGCUGGUGUCGCUGCAGACUGCAGUGGCUCAAGUGGAACCCAACAUGGACCUGGUCUACCUGCUAACGCUCUCCUUAGACCUCUACUACACAGAAGAUGAGAUUUAUGAGCUGUCCUUACUGAGAGAACCACGCAACCCCAAAUCACUGCCGACUUCUCCAACCACUCCAACCAAACCCUUGGCCCCCCUGGACUGGGCCUCUGGGGUCCCUACCAAACCUGAUCCAUCCGUGGUCAAUAAACACAUCAGGAAGCUGGUGGAUUCUGUCUUCAGGAACUAUGACCAUGACCAUGACGGCUACAUCUCUCAGGAGGAUUUUGAGAACAUCGCUGCUAACUUCCCCUUCCUGGAGUCCUUCUGUGUUUUGGAUAAAGAUCAAGACGGGCUCAUCAGUAAGGACGAGAUGAUUGCCUAUUUCCUCCGAGCUAACCCCCUCCUCCAGUGUAAGAUGGGACCGGGUUUUAUUCAUGAUUUCCAGGAGAUGACUUACCUGAAGCCCACCUUCUGUGAACACUGUGCUGGCUUUCUCUGGGGAAUCAUCAAGCAAGGCUACAAGUGCAAAGACUGUGGAGUUAACUGUCAUAAACAGUGUCGGGAGCUGCUGGUUCUGGCCUGUAGGAAGCUGAUCCGGUCUAGCUCUCUGGGCAGCGUUUCUCCGGUCCGACUGACCCACAGCUCGCUGCCCAGCAGCCCUGCCCUGCCCACCUGCACAGAUGAGGACGAGGUGUUUGAGUUCCCAUCGGUCACACCAGCAGGUCCAGUCCUGGACCCUCAGUCCAUCACCCUGAUGACGGGUUCAGCUCAGAGGAUCUCUGUACGUCUGCAGAGGGCCACCGCCAGCCAGGCCACGCAGACGGAGCCCCUGUGGCCCGAGCACAGCUGGGGGGCUGCGAACGGUGGAUCACAUACCUUCCCUAAAAUGAAAUACAGGACUCACAGGAAAGCGUCCAAGAAUAAAGGUUUUGCUCGAUGGGAGAACCAGAACGAUGGGCCGCACCAGGCGGUCUCCUCACGGUGCAGCGUGGACUCUCAGCAGAGGCCGGACGUCCCAGCAGGGCUCCUACACAACGGAGUGGCACACAGGAGACAGGACAGCUGACUUGGUCACAGCGGUGAGGGCCGGUCCUACAGGUCCAGAAAGGCCCCAGCAGCAGGGACCUGGAGGCUUCUCUGCAUGGGGGACUUACUGGGCUGCCUGAAGUCUCCUCUCAGUGACCUGGAGCUCUCCUGUCCCCUGUAGCCUUCAGCACAGACAGAGCUUCAUGUGGAGCUGUGGAAGGACUGAACGAGUGACCUCUGGGAGAAAAAGGUCACAAAGAUCAUGGAGAGAGGGUCGGGGGAAGAUGGACUAGCCCCCUCCUCCAUCCUCUGAUUCUGGAGGGAUCAGCAGCAGUGUUGACUCUAAAUAACUUCAAGUCUUCUUCCAGGGUGAACAGAACAUCUACACGUGGACAUUUCCUUCAGUAGAUCAGUACCGGACAGUUAAUGGACAUGAAGUUCAUGAUAGCUCAGCAGAAACAUCUCCUCACUGCUGCCUGGCUCUGAAGGGCCACCGUACCUUUGGCCCCUGGCAAAGAAAGAAUGGAGGAAGUGAAACUGCAGGUGUUUGUAUGUGGAGCUGCAGAAGAGGAACAGGAAACGUGAAUACUGAGGACAUCCAAGCCCGGCUGUCGGGGCGGUCUACCCCAGCGUGAAGCCAGGCUGUCGGGGCGGUCUACCCCAGCGUGAAGCCCGGCUGUCGGGGCGGUCUACCCCAGCGUGAAGCCCGGCUGUCGGGGCAGUCUACCCCAGCGUGAAGCCCGGCUGUCGGGGCAGUCUACCCCAGCGUGAAGCCCGGCUGUCGGGGCAGUCUACCCCAGUGUGAAGUUAGAUGAAGUCUGUCGGUGAAGGGAAACCAGAACUACCAGAGACUGCUUUACUGACCAUGGUGUUACUGGUCUGGCCUGAACCCCGUAGAGGAUCACUGGAAAUAAAAGACCCGAGACUCAACAGUCCAGAUGAGAUGAAGCCUGCUACCAAACGACCUGGACUUCAUGACAACGGCUGUGCCGCGAUCCGCCGGCCAAUCACAAAUGAAGAAGACGAGGGGGCGCUAGUGAGCACCACAUGGAAUAGAUGCUUUGUGAACGGCUCCUGCACAUCCUCGCUAGAAUCUUUGUUUUAAAGUAACACUGGGCUGUAAAACUCCAAACUUCAAACCCUGAACUCCAAACAUGGGUAAGGGAAAAACAACCAACGGAAAAUCAGAUUCCAAGAAGGACGGUAGAGCUGUUUCUCCAAACAAUGAAGCUCAAGACGCUAGCAUCCCAACUAGCCAACCCGACAUAGCUAGCUGCUUUAAUGCUGCUACCAGUGAGACUCCCUCCACACAGCCCACCUUGACGGACAUCCUGGAAGCUACUGGGACACUGAAGGGGAAUAUCAACGUCGGAUUCAGUGCUCUGGACUCAAAACUACAGCUGGUACAAACGUCCCUGGCUGACCAUAACACCCGUAUCUCUGACUUAGAGGGGUCCAUCACCCAUCAUGAUACCCGUAUAGCGGUCCUGGAGAGGCGAUGCGAGGAGUUAAUGGAGAGUAACACCACAAUGAAGCGUAAGCUAAUUGACCUCGAAAGCCGAUCCAGACGCUCUGGAAAAGGGUAACCCAACGCAGUUCAUCACAGACCUCCUUCCUCAGCUUCUUGGAAAUAAUCACUUCCCCGGAGGACUCAAGGUGGACCGAGCACGCCACGGAUGAUGAUCGCCAAAAUACAUCACUUUCAAGAGAAGGAGAAAAUCCUAAAGCUUGCACGCCUGCAGACUUCCCUGACCUUCAAUGGAGCACGGAUUAACUUCUUCCCUGACUUCUGGUCGGAAAUAUCAGAACAACGCCAAGCCUUCGUUGGAGUGAAGAAGAAGCUGAGAGAGGCAGGAGUCAAACGUGGCCUCCUUUUCCCAGCAGGACUGAUCCUUACGUUUAAAACAUUCCAGGAGGCCGCAGAUGCCGAAGCCUUUAUUGACAGCUUCGUUACAACAGCUGCUGCUCCGUGAUGGGACUGAAUUCACCUGUUCAACUCAUAACGAGGCCAACAAGAUAACCCGACAUACUUUUGGACUGCCUAUAAGCCGAAUUUAGAGGUUAGUUCUAUGGACAUAGUUUAAACACGUGUUUUGGACAUAUGAGGAUGGGCGGGGCAGUUUCUUAACUCCGCCGGUAAGGUACGCAGUGCUAUUAUUAUUAGCUCAUCAUGUUUACCUUAUUAAGACACUUUCCUGUUGCGUUCAGCUAUCUCUCAAUGCUUAUGAGGGGCCUUAGAUACCACUUUGUUUGGGGAAGGGGUUGGGGGGUGGGUACAAGGGCUGUUU